UUAGAGUGGCUCGGAAUGUCGAAUAACAAAUUGUCAGGUAACAUACCUCCUGAUAUGGGAAAGCUUAAGAGACUACAGGAGAUGUAUUUUCACAUAAACAAUCUCUCAGGUAACAUCCCGCACUCUCUUGGAAAUCUGAGUAUGUUACUCAAAUUAUCUUUAAGUGAUAAUGAUCUUCACGGAAGCAUACCUUCAGGUCUAGGAAGCUGCCAAUCUUUGCUAUUAUUAAAUCUUUCUAUUAAUAAUCUCAGUGGUACCAUACCUCCAGAAAUCUUUAGUCUCUCCUCCUUGUCAAUUGGUCUUUAUUUGUCUAGAAACCGUUUCACAGGUCCCCUUCCCAUGGAAGUUGGAAAUUUGAAAAAUUUGGGUAUAUUGGACAUGUCAGAAAACAUGUUAACCGGUGAAAUUCCAAAUAGUAUUGGCAGUUGUACUUUGAUGGAGACUCUGGGCAUGCAAGGAAACUUCUUCCAAGGGACUAUUCCAUCAAGUUUUAGUUAUUUGAGAGGACUUCAGAAGUUAGAUCUUUCUCGAAACAAUUUGUCAGGAAAAAUUCCAAACUUUUUUGUGGGUUUCAGCUCGUUGUAUCUUUUGAAUUUAUCUUACAACAAUUUUGAGGGCCUAGUGCCAACAAACGGCGUUUUCAAGAAUUCAAGUGCAACUUCAGUUGUGGGGAAUAGCCAACUGUGUGGGGGAAUACCUGAGAUGCGGUUGCCAAAAUGUAACUUCAAAGAGUCUACAAAGACGAAAUUGACCUUAUCCAUGAAAUUAAUUAUCUCCAUAGUUUGCGGACUUCUAGGAGUAAUUUCUAUGCUUUCUUUUCUGUAUGUAUGUUGGUUAAGAAAGAAAAGAAAAGAAAUAACUUCAAGUUCUUCAGGAAAUUUGCUUUUGAAUUUGUCGUACCAAAGUCUCCAAAAAGCCACUGAUGAGUUCUCCCCUGCUAAUUUGCUUGGUGUGGGUAGUUUUGGAUCUGUAUAUAAAGCAAUCAUCAAUGAGGGCAGAACGACAAUUGCUGUCAAGGUGCUCAACCUUCAGCGCCGUGAAGCUUCUAAGAGCUUUCUUGCUGAGUGUGAGGCCUUGAGAAACAUUAGGCAUCGGAAUCUUGUAAAGAUACUUACAGUUUGUUCAGGUGUUGAUUAUCAAGGUAAUGAUUUCAAGGCUUUAGUUUAUGAAUUCAUGGUCAAUGGAAGCCUUGAGGAUUGGUUGCAUUCGAGUACUAUAGAAGAUCAGGUGCACCAGGAGCAGAGGGAUCUUAAUCUUAAUCAGAGAUUGAAUAUCGCCAUUGAUGUUGCGAGUGCAUUGGAAUAUCUCCAUUAUCAUUGCCAAAAAAAGCCAAUCAUCCAUUGUGACCUCAAGCCGAGCAACGUUCUUCUCGACGAUGAAAUGAUUGGACAUGUUGGAGACUUUGGGUUAGCAAGAUUUUCUUCCGAAGAUAACAAUAACUCUUCAACCAACCAGUCAAGCUCUAUUGGUGUUAGAGGAACAAUUGGUUAUACUCCUCCAGAGUAUGGUAUGGGAAAUGAGGUCUCCUCCUAUGGCGAUGUAUAUAGCUAUGGGAUUCUACUAUUAGAAAUGUUUACUAGAAAACGACCCACGGAUGACAUGUUCCAAGGCAGACUAAAUUUACAUUAUUUUGUCCAAGAAGCUUUGCCUAAUCGAGUGGUCGAGAUUGCGGAUCCAAUUCUUUUUCGUGAAAGAGAAGAAGACAUAGCGAUGAAUAAUUCUCAUAAUAAUAGCAGGACUAGAAGAAGCAAAAUUCAAGAGUGCUUGACUUUGAUGUUUGGGAUUGGAGUUGCUUGUUCUGUUGAACAGCCAGGAGAACGGAUGAACAUGAAAGAUGUUGUAACUGAACUUCAUUUGGUCAAGAAAAGGCUACUUAAAACUACAAGUAGACCAUAAUAUGAACAGAUGAUACAUUAAUGGUUCAUGGCCCUUCCAUAUAUAGCUAGUUUGAGAAUCAUAUGGAUAUGGUUCAACCCCACAAGGACUUUGGUGAGACGCCUUAUUUAUGUUUGAUGAUUUAGAAAUUUGUUUUGUUUAUACUUUUUUCUAUUUAUAGGAGACUUUUUAUUCACUUA